AAGGAGGAGGCCAGAGGGAUGCUCCCGGACCUCUCCUCUGCCUUUCUCUCUGCCCAGAUCCCUCUCUGAAGCCUGGAAGCACGUGGAAGGGGCACUAGGAGGAGUCUGCCAAAGCUGCAGCCCCAUCACCCAAAGAGGCAGCCAGGCAGGCAGGCAGGGAGGGAAACACCCCCCAGGGUUCCCCUUUGGGCUGGGGCUCUCCUCCUCCUCCUCCUCCUCCUCUUCGCUCCCCUCCCUUUUGCAACAGAUUGGUUUCCCUUUUCUUCCUUCCCGGUGGCAUUCCCACAAACAGACAGACACGCGUCGCCCAGAUCUUGGCGCUCUCCUUUCCCCAGCUCUCCUCCUCCUCCUCCUCCUCCUGCGAGGCGCAGCACCAUGGACCACAAUUCAGGUGGUGUGAUACUGUAUGUGGGCUCAACGGCUGGCUCAAGCCCCACACCAGGCAGCCCUCCCAAUGGAUAUCUGGUGCCUUCACCCCAACAUUCGCUGCCCUCCUCCUUGGAAGAGCUGACCCUUACUGAGAUUGGGGCCAUCAAACCUCAGCAGGCCAGCUCCCCUUCCUCGCCCAAGGUCGCCUUCCAGUUCCCUGAAGGGAUUCGCUACCCCGCCAAGGGCCAGUCACCCCCAACACAAAGCAGGGUGCCUGCUGCCAAACAGAAUGGAGCCACUGGCACCUUUACUAAGACAGGUGGGAUGGUGUUGCUCUGCAAAGUCUGCGGUGACAUUGCCUCAGGUUUCCACUAUGGUGUCCAUGCUUGUGAAGGAUGCAAGGGGUUCUUUCGCCGGAGUAUACAGCAGAAUAUCAACUACAAGAUGUGUGUGAAGAAUGAAAACUGCAUGAUCAUGCGGAUGAAUCGAAACCGCUGCCAGCAUUGCCGGUUCAAGAAGUGCCUGGCAGUGGGCAUGUCAAGAGAUGCUGUGCGCUUUGGACGCAUCCCUAAGCGGGAGAAGCAGCGCCUGCUUGAUGAGAUGCAGAGCUACAUGAACAGCCUGAAUGAGGCCCCCAUGGAUGUUGGUCUGAGCCCAGAGACAGAUAAUGCCCCACCACCCAGCCCAAACGCCCAGGAGGAGGAGGCCAUCAGUGCCAUCUCAAGAGCUUACCGUGACAUCUUUGUGAGUGGCCAGGACCGCCUUGGCAAGCACGGUGGAUCCCCCGGGAGUGAGGCCUGCCCCUUGACCAACUACAAUGAACAGCAGCAACUUAACAACUCUUACAGCUAUGGGCAGCAGUAUGAGUCGGCCACCCUGCGUCUGUCCAACUACAGCCCUCAGGAGCCAUCUAGCUACGUGGACAACAAUCCCCGGUGCUUUGGCAAUGAGAUCUUCCAGGCUCAGCAGGCUGGCUAUCUGCACAAUGCUGGACGUUACCCAGCUUUUGAGUACAACUAUCCUGAAGCCAAUACUCCAAGGGGCUGCCCCUGGCGGGGAACAACCAGCAGAGGCAUUGCCUGUCCUCUGAAUGCCACCCCCUACUGUAGCAACGGCAAGAGCAGUCAGCAAGUGUGGGAGGAGUUUUCUCAGUGCUUCACGCCAGCUGUCAAGGAGGUGGUGGAGUUUGCCAAGAGCAUCCCAGGCUUCCAGUCGCUCUGCCAGCAGGACCAAGUUAUGCUGCUCAAAGCAGGCACUUUCCAGGUGUUGAUGGUGCGUUUCUCUUCCCUGUUUAGUCCCAAGGAGAAGGUGGUGACCUUCUUGAGUGGAGAGACCUAUUCACUCUGCAGCUUACGUACCAUGGGCAUGGGCUCUCUGCUGGAUGCUAUGUUUGAGUUCAGUGAGAAACUCAGCUCCCUAGGCUUAGAUGCACAGGAAAUGGCACUCUUCAUGGCUGUGGUCCUUGUCUCAGCAGAUCGCUCUGGCAUCUCUGACGUAGAUGCUGUUGAAAUCCUGCAGGAGACUUUAAUCCGGGCGUUGAGAACUCUAGUAACAAAGAAGCAUCCAGAUGACUCCACACUUUUCCCCAAGCUGCUUCUUCGUCUCCCCGACCUAAGAACCCUCAACAAUCAGCAUUCGGAGAAACUCCUUGCCUUCCGGAUCAACCCUUAAGCGCACUGUUUCUUAAGCCCUAAGAAGUUUAGGGGAAGAGAGGAGAAAAUCAACCAUCAAGAAAAUUUAAUGCAUUGGGACUAAAUUUUCUCUUGCAAAAAUUAGCGAUGAUGAGAGAAGAGGAGCAGAAGGGAUCUGGCAAGGCGGGGAGCCCAUAGCCCAUCGCAGCUGGGAUCUGCUAGAGCAGAUCCCUCCCUGGUGAGGAGAUCAGAUGCAGAAGGAAGGGCCUGCGUUUCCCAGAUAGCGCUCUCCGUGGCGCUGUGUGGAUUGAAGAUCAUUUAUUUGCUAGAGGAGAUCAAGCAAAUGAACUGGACAUAGGGACUGUGUUGUUUCUAAGUGUGUGUGUAUAUACAAUCUCUUUCUUUCCACAUGAUCUUGUCUUGAUGUUGUAUUCUGUAUAUAAGGACACCAGGUGUAUUGUACAUAAUAAUUAACAUUGGUAGCUCUUCAGGACAGGAAAAUGCAGGCCAUCUUGAAAAGGCAAUUAUUGAAACGUAGUUUCCUUCCUUAAUCUGCAUGCUACCAUUAGCACCAAGUCUCCAAGUUUUCUUUUUCUUUUUAGCCUCUGAUCCCUUUGCUGCUUUUUCCUGAAGAAGGGAUAAGUGCACAUGGGCUAGGUGCUAACACUGUAUCUUAAGACAUUCUAUAUAUACUGCAAAUUUUACUGGGUAGGUGUUAUAUUCAGAUGUGAACUACUUGGGCCAGUUUUCCACCUCAGUCUCAUCCCUACAACUGAGCAAGUGGGGCCACAAUUCUCUUUUUGUCUUGUCUGAUGUGAGUGUCUAUAUCUAUAGAGUAUAUAGAGUAUAUGUAUAUAUAUUUUGUAAAUGUUUAAAACAAACAAACAAACACACAAAGGGGCUUCCAUCAGUUUGUAGGUAGAGUUGCACUCGCUGAGAUGGCUGUGACAUGCUGUUCAGGCCGAAAGUAGAGAAAGGAUGUGGAGAUACUUAGUUGGAUUGGAGGGCAGUUUCUCAGAAAGAGUACAUGGAAGGAGUGUGAGAGUCCUUGGAAGUUUGCAUCCAGACUUUGAAUCAUCUAGGCUCCUUACAUGUCAGGGAAGUUUUAAGAGAAACCAGCAACUGUUAGUUCAGCCAUUAGGAAGAAAGGGCUAAGUAAAGUAAACACUCCUAAUGCCAUCCUGCCCAACCGUACCGGUUUCUUCCGGGCAAUGGUGCUUUUUUUAUUUUCCAUGAAGGAUGAAGCUAUGAGUACUCUCUCUCCCAGGGUUCUAGGACCCAGCAUCCCAUCCUGACCUCUAAAUCAAAACCCCUUCUAGGACAGGGCAUAAAAUUCCCUUAGUCCUGGCUGUUUCCAAGCUGCCUUCUAUUACAUUCAACCCCAUCUUUAUUCCAGAGUUUCAAAUAUAAUCCCGGACUUUUCACUAAUUACUCUUUCCUAAUAAUCCCAGAAAGGGAUAGAGAUUGACCUGGAAGGACUCAUUCCAGCUUCUUCUUGCUCGUUCAUAAUCUUUGGGGCUGUGUGUUCUGCGCACUUUAUAAUAAAAUAAUAAUGAUAAUAUUUUUUUGAAAAAGAAACCCAGAUUUCUGUGCCAUGAAAUGCCUAAAUCUGUGUGACCUGGAUAAAUAAUGCAAAUUUAGACAAACAUAUUGUUUGUUUACUCUGCACAAUUUAUUCUGCUUCCAGUUGUCUUGAAAGGAGUAGGGAAGCACAGAAGCUACACAGAACACUGGAACACCCUCCGUGGACCUCUAGAAGUUUAUCUGAGCCCUCAUGUAGACUUCCCAACUCCCAAACUGCAUGUGAUGGUGGCAGCCCCAUGUGUAAAGUGUAUGCAUGCGAUUUAGAGCACCACCAGGCCAGAUGGGAAAGUGGUAUAGAAUACCAAUCCCUUCUCACUUGCUGCUCUUGGCCCCACAGUUCAUUUCCCCCAACCUCUGGGCUCCUCCAGUACCAGCUGAGAAAAAAAGUGCCUGUGGGAAAGAGCUGUGCAGAGGAAAAUGGCAGGAGGUGGGAUGGGAUGGGAAGUUCCUCACCUCUCAUGGUGUGCCCUUGUAGCACUUUAUACCCUUCUUUUUUCUGCUCAGUGUGUGAGCUGUGUGGCACACUUUUGAGAGGGGACGGGCAGGGGAUGGCGCUAUCAUCAUCCCAUACACUAGUUUGGGACCUGGGAUUUUACUUGGCAAAGACUAGCUUAAAAAAAAAAUUGUUGGCCAUAAAGGCUAUAAAUUUGCUUUUUUAAAAAAAUAAAUAAAAUGAAAAGCUGAGAUUUGCAGAAUGCUGAAUUGUGUGACAGAUUCCAAAUUCUGCACAGGGAGAAUGGAGGAUUUGUAGAAACAUGGAUUGUACAAAGCUUUAACUCUGUCGAUCCAAAAAUAUUAAGAACCGGUUUUCUCAGCUGUCAUUUGUAAAACAUUCAUAUAUGUAUAUAUGAGAGUUCUUACAAAUGACACACACAUACACACAUAUGUAUGAAUGAUGUCAAACGUGGGGUAGAGGGAGAGGUUUGUAAAGUAGAUGACCAAAAAGGGGGCCAGGCUCUCCUUUCUCUCCCCAGUAGGAUCCCCCAAGUUUCCCAUUUUGGCUGUGAUCAGCCCUGUCCUGUUCUCCACAUUGAUACAUAUCAGGGUUUUUUCAUCCCAGUUACAGGAGCUCUCAUAGCACGUUUCGAUCACCCUCCUGUGUUGCAUGAUGUGGGGCGUAUUUGUGUUCUUUGCAGGGUGGGAGGGACACUGUUGCUACUGUUGCUGCUGCUGUUCAACACUGCUUUUAAAUAAAACCAAACAUUGCACUUUUCUUAGAAAUCUAGAGAGAGAGAAAAUUUAUGUAUGUUUAUAACAAAGAGUUCCCUCCCUAAACCGGAGUAUAUUUGCUGCAAAGGGAAAAUAGAGAGGAUUUUACUUGCUGCUGCUGCUGCUGCUGCUGUUGCUGUUGCUGCUGCUGGGAGUCCAAAGGACUCACAAAAGAUACCGACAAGGAAAGAAGGAAUAGAGAGAGAGAGAGAGAGAGUUUAUUUUUUUGUCUAAUAUUGAAGUGCAAUAAAUUAAAAAUAAAAUAAAAUACUCAA